AUGCGCAAGUCGAGUAUACAGGAAGAUGACGCCCAGCUCGCGGCCAUGGGCCACAAGGCUGAGCUGAAUCGCAAUUUCUCCAUGCUUUCCAUGUUGGGGCUGGCCUUUGCCGUGUUGAAUCUCCCCUCCCCCCCCCUCCUCGCGCAAGUCUCGUAUCUGCACUUCCGGCUAACCGCAUCUUCUAGCGCUGGUGGCCAAUACCAUUGGGUCGCAGUUUCUUGGCCAGAAUGGGUCCCCAUUCUGUCAUGGGUAACCGGCUGGGUCAACGUCGUAGGAUGGGUCGCUCUCGUUGCUACCAACGCACUUUUGUCUAGUCAAUUGAUCGUGGGUGUCGUGUAUGCCAAGUCGGGCUAUCAAGUCACAAAUUGGCAGCAAUUUCUGGUAUACAUUGGCUUCACACUCAUUGCGUUCCUCCUCAACGCAUUUAUGAACUCUGUUCUGCCCAGGAUAUACAAGGGUGCUUUAUUUUGGUCACUGGGAGGGUUCGCCGUCGUGUCCAUUACAGCACUGGCUUGUGCGUCGCCAAACUAUAACUCUGGUAAAUUCGUCUUUACCGAGUUUAUCAAUAAAACAGGAUGGCCAGACGGCGUGGCUUGGCUUCUCGGGCUGCUUCAAGGUGGUCUUGGUCUCACAGCUUUUGACUCUGUUGCACAUAUGAUUGAGGAAAUACCUCAGCCUUCCAAAAAGGGUCCAAGGAUCAUGGUCGGCUGCAUCGGUAUUGGCAUUUCCACUGGCUCCAUCUUCCUCGUCGUCCUACUCUUCGUCGCAGGAGACAUUCAGCAAGUCAUCGAAUCGAGCGCAGGGCCCCUUCUCCAGAUCCUGAUCAACGCCACCAAAAGCACUGCGGGGGCCAUCUGCCUCCUCAUGUUUCCGCUGGUCUGUCUGGCCUUUGCCACCAUUUCUGUCAUGACAACCAGCAGUCGAAUGAUCUUUGCAUUUGCACGAGAUGGAGGUCUUCCUGCUUCCAAAUUCCUGGCCCGAGUCCAUCCGCGCUUGGGCUUGCCUCUGAAUGCUCUUUUGUUGACGUCUGUUGUGGUUGCCAUUUUCGGCGUCAUCAACAUUGCGUCUACAAACGCAUUCAACGCCAUCAUCUCGGCGGCUGUUGUCACCCUUGACCUCUCGUACGCCAUGCCAAUCGCCGUCAACUGCCUCCAGGGAAGAAAGACACUUCCUGACCGCGAUUGGAAGCUACCAAUGUGGCUGGGGUGGACUUGCGACAUCAUUGCACUGUCAUACAUCGCCAUCACUACCGUUCUUUUUGUUUUCCCUCCCCAACGACACGUUACAGGCAGCAAUAUGAAUUAUUGCAUUGUUGCGUUUGCCAUUAUUCUCGCAAUCUCAAUUUUUCAAUGGAUUGUUGAUGGGCGUAAAAACUACGCCGGCCCACGAAUCGACGCCGCCGUCACAGACGUGGCUGUUCUUCAAAAAGAGGAAGAGGAAACCACACAAACGGUGGAACUUCAAUCAUAG